UGGCCAACGUAGGACCCCAGAAACACUUCAAUUAUAUACUUAUAUUAACACGGACGGAGAUCCUACUGUAAAUCAUAUCUCAUAUACCAAAAUAACAUAGACCAAAUGGCAGCCGCAGACCUGCAAAAUCCCGAUUGCACCGCCCAACCUUCAUUCUCCGGCGACCGUGAGUCUCAAAUUUCAGAUUCCGGCAGCACAAAAGGCGGCUGGAUCACCUUCCUCUUCAUCGCAGGUGCCCUGACGGGCUUGACACUGGCGGCCGGCGGAUGGGGGGCGAACCUGAUCGUGUAUCUGAUAGAAGAGUUCAGCGUUAAGAGAAUCGACGCCGCUCAGAUUUCCAACGUGGUUAGCGGUUCCACUAGCCUGUUUCCGAUCGUCGGAGCUAUCGCUGCUGACUGUUUCUUUGGAAGCUUCUCCAUCAUUGCUCUCUGUUCGUGUAUCUCUUUGCUGGGGGUGGUACUUUUAGCCCUAACCACACUAGAUUUCUUGAGGCCUCAACAGUGUGAAUAUGGAUCUACCCUCUGCAAAAACCCAUCAAAAAUUCAAUUCGCAGUCCUAUACUCGGGUAUAACACUGGCCGUAAUAGGUCUGGGGGGUACCCGAUUCACUCUAGCGACCAUGGGAGCAGAUCAAUUCGAUAAACCCAAACAUCAAGCCACUUUCUUCAACUGGUACUUCUUCGUUUUCUACGUUUCUGCUGUAAUAAGUAACACAGCCAUUGUGUAUGUUGAAGAUAACGUGAGUUGGACAUGGGGUUUUGGCCUAACCGUUGUGUGUAACCUCAUUGGCUUAGUCAUUUUCUUAUUGGGAAGUCGAUUCUACCGCCAUGUUAAGCCUCAAGGGAGCCCGUUUGUGGAUUUGGCUCGGGUUUUUGUGGCCGCCUUGCGGAAAAGGAAGGUUCUGAUCUCUUUGAAUAGCGAUGAUUAUUAUUAUUGCCAUAAGCAUCAAGGAUCUGUGAAGAUGGUGACUGCCACUACACCUACAAAGAGUUUUAGGUUCCUGAAUCGAGCAGCACUGAAAACUGAAGGAGACAUUAGAGCAGAUGGCUUAAUCGCAAAACCAUGGAGGUUAUGUACAGUCCAACAAGUAGAAGACCUCAAAACCCUAAUCAGAAUCUUUCCACUUUGGUGCACUAGUAUAUUCUUAGGCACCCCAAUAGGAAUCCAAAGCAGCCUAACAGUCCUCCAAGCCCUAACCAUGGACCGUCACCUUGGCCCUCAUUUCAAAAUCCCAGCAGGCUCCAUCCUUGUCAUCGCAUUCAUCUCUGCUGCCAUCUCUCUCACCCUCAUCGAUCGCAUCCUAUGUCCAUUAUGGAAGAAACUCACCAAUCAUUCUCCAACGCCCCUCCAAAGGAUCGGCCUCGGCCACAUUCUCAAUGCCCUUAGCAUGGCGGUCUCCGCCCUGGUCGAGUCGAGGAGGCUUCGAAUAGCUCACGCCCACCACCUCCAGAACCAGCCUGCAGGCCCCAUAACACCCAUGCUUGCUCUAUGGUUGUUUCCACAGCUUGCUUUAUUGGGCAUUGGCGAAGCCUUUCAUUUUCCGGGACAAGUUUCGCUCUACUACCAGGAGUUUCCCACUUCCUUGCGAAGCACUUCCACUGCAAUGAUUUCACUGCUUAUUGCCAUAGCAUUCUAUCUGAGCACUGCGGUGAUCGAUCUUAUUCGAAGAACCACCAAGUGGUUGCCAGACGAUUUAAAUAAUGGGAGGCUCGAUAACGUGUAUUGGUUGCUGACAGUGCUCGGAAUGCUCAACUUUUUUGGCUACUUAGUGUGCGCUACAAUGUACAAGUACAAGAAUACUGAUGAGGGUCAUGGAACAAGUAAUGGGUCCGAUCAGUGAGCUAGGCUUCAUGAUGAGUAGUUGAACUAAUAUUCUGUUUAUCCUCUUUAUAUAUCUUUUAUGAACAUAUAUAAAGACUGGUAUUAAAAUGGACUUGGAAAUUAA